AUGGAGCAGCCGAAAAGCCAUCUCGACUUUACCCCAAGAAACUGCUCUGGACCAUGUUUCCGGGACCUCAGUUACAGUCCUUUCGAUGUCAGCAACACCAAAUCUCGCCGGCAGCACUUGGCGGCUUACCUGAAAUUCAUGCGCCCCGAAAUCGACACUCUUUUGAAGGUCUAUGGGAGACGCGCCUCUUACAAAACUUGUGAAACGCUCUACGACAAGUUCGAAAAGAGAGCCGUUCCUGAACAGUAUUUCGAGUAUAUGGUCGACAACUAUCUAUGGAAACUUUGGUUUCAGCCAUUCGGUUUUGAUGGGCCCAGAUGGCCCUGGGGAGCGCCAAAAACUUGCUCCAAAAAUUUAAGACGAGGCGACACCCCAAGUCGUAUAUUCGCCGAGUAUUGCGAGAGACGAAGGAUGGAAGACGCUGAGAGAAACGCAGUAGUCACUCAAGUCGCGGCGCGUGCAUUGCCCGAACCUGCACCCGUCAUCGAUCCCAACUCGCGCUUCAUUUUGCGAUCACAAGCCAUCUUUGGCAGCGCCCCAGAACCAGACUCGGAUUUGUUCAAACGCCAAAGAACUUGGGAGAAACUGACCCAACAAGGCGACUCUGACGCUCCCGGCAUUGUCGGUCCCUUUGAGGUCGAAGUACCUUCCCUCGUACCCAUCGAGAAGUUUGUCGCACCGGACUUGGCGGAAAUCAACAAACUGGUUGAAAAAGAUGCUGUCAUCAAGGUCAAUAUGACGCAACGGAAGGUGAUCGUUUCAUUCCCGGAAGAGGACGGGGCGGACGAUGCCAAGCAACGGCAUUCGGAAGUUUGGAAACGUGUGCUUGGAUGGAAUGGCUUGGCUGGGAAUGGAAGAGAUAUCACUUUGUGUGAGCAUCUAUCACUUGUACUGGAGAGGGACUAG